GUUCAAGAACACGUCAUAAAAAUAUAUCCAAUCGGAAAGUAGAAAACUAAACACGUUUCGCGUCGCGUACGCGCGUACGUAAACAACAUCACCGUCACGUUACUGACUUUACCAUCAAAUAAAGAAAUAACAAGCAUGAUCAAAUAAAAAAAAGCAAAUCACUAUAUAUAUACAAACUGUCACCAUACAAGCGCACACCUGGCGGAUUCGUGUUUAGAACGUUAUGCACUUUAUGCACAUACAGGCACGUUAACGGUCAAAGACGACCAAUGCCAAAAUCAUGCUGGCAACCGUCUCAACCCGCAAUCCGCAAUGAUGGCUGAAGCGUCGUCUGUUCAAGGAGUACGCGUCUUAUUAAAAUUGUGGCCGUUAUUGUGCGCUCGCGAUGAACCGAUUUUUUGGGCUCAGUGCAGUUCCACAGUUGCGUUGUGCUGUGCAUGACCGGGUCUCCAGCAGCAGGUCACGUAAGACACGCUUCGCUUCAUCUAGCCGGCCUGAUCGGUGACCCGACUUGAAGUGGUGCGAGCAGCCCCGGCUUUGGCAUGCAUCAGAAUGAGAAACCUACGUUUUGCCAUCCGUGUUGCUUUCUACGGCGUGACCGUUUAUUCUGCCCUGUCCACGGCCGUCAUCUACAUCUUUAUUCAGUGGUUCGGACGUUUCCGCACGGACCUUUACGACGUCGACGGACUCGCAAACCGCACGACGCACGGGUGGCCCUGCGGCGAUCAUUCCUCAGCUUCGGAGUCGAACGUGCUGUCUCGUGACGUGAUCGGCAAGGGACAGAUCGACGUUCACGGAUGGUGGCAGGACCAAGCAACCGUUUUAACAGACGUACAGUGCUUCAACGAGCCGUGGGCUCUGUGCUCCAAGGCGUUUUCCAUCACCUGCAAACGAAGCACAGUUCGCGCCAUUUACCAGCACCUCUCGUUUCGACGGAACCUUACACUGCAUAGCUUCAGCUUGUCUUUGCGCGUUGCUGCCGAGCAACUCGAGUCCCAAACGGCCGAUUCCUUUCUCGGCGCUCUGGUUCUGGUCAGGCUCAGUGACGGCAACGAGGAGUUCCUACGCGUGCCGUUUCCCGCGAGCACGAGUACGCUGACGCAACGCGAAGGGGUGUACACAGCCUCGCACUCCGAUCGCACCAUCGCAACGGCCACCGUAAUGCUAAGCUGUUACGGUUACGCCGGCGUGGUGCACUUCACGGACGUUCGGCUUACGCCGUUGGUCGAGCCCGCUGCCAGCCACGGCUGCAGGGCCCGCGAUCUCUUGGAGGACUGUCCGACGUCUGCGCGCAGCCUGCCGCCCACGCAUCGCAGGCAGAAGCUCAAGUUCGAGCUCAUACUGGGCAAGGUCCGCUCGUCCUCCUCCAAGAAGCGCCACCUCAACAAGGACGUGGCUCUAGUGACGCAGCUGUCGAUGGACCGAUUGCCCGUCCUGGAACAUACGCUGCAACUGUGGGAAGGGCCCGUCUCCCUGGUCAUUUACGUUCCCGUCAAGGGCGGAAAAGUGGAUGGCGACUGGCAAAGGCUCUACGUCCAGAAGAAGCUACAGAACUUGAAACUGCACCCAGACAGUCAUGUGUCGCUUGCGUACGGUGUGCCAGGCUCUGGAGAUUACCCAAUCAAUGCUCUGCGCAAUGCCGCCAUCAAACAAACAAACUGUGAAUACCUGCUCACCGCUGAUGCCGAUUUCCAGCCAUCACCCGACUUUCACAAGCACUUUCUCCUUUCUACCAGGUCAGUGGCCAACACAGACAAGGUGGCAUUUGUGGUCCCGGCCUUUGAAUACCUGGAGCUACCUCAGAAGUCCGACGGUGUCGCCCAAACCAAGGAAGAGCUCAUGCAGUUACUGCACCGGCAGGACCCCUUCGUGCAGCCAUUCCGACACGACAUCACUCCCGAAUCGCACCAGAGCACAGACUACUGGAAGUGGUACCGCACCGACAAGCCGUAUGUGGUACAAACAUUCAGCGACAAGUACGAGCCGUACCUGGUACUCAAGAACACUGCCCAGCUUCCUCAGUACGACGAGCGUUUCACGGGCUACGGCAUGAACAAGAUUACUCACGUGACUGAGCUCUUUGCGGCGGGCUACGUCUUUCUCGUGCUUCCGCACGUGUGGCUGGUCCACGUGCCGCACAAGCCGUCGUCGUACUUUGUGGAACACGUGCAAAACCCGCAACAUAGACUGCGCAACAGGGUGCAAAGGUUCGAAUUCCUCGUCGACGUCAUGCGCAAGUACAAGCUCGGAAGGUGCAGGUGAAAUCAGCAUAACUGUGUGGUUGUAUUGCAUCUCUUAAGUACUCGCAAUGCGAUUGGCAAUGUGCUGUCGAACGGAAGGUCGGGAAAUGGCCUCAUGCACGGCAACUAGGAACCUGGCAUUUCCGGUGCAAUAGGUAGUGGCUUGUUACAUAGGCACUUUCCCAUCACAUAGCCGCUGGGAUUUGAUCUCGCGACCUUGUGCCUAGCAGGGCAACACCACAGCCGCUAAGCCACUGCGUGCGAGUAAGCAGCAUAGCCAAAAGCAGCUGACCACAGAACAUUCUAAGCCACGAGUAGUUACAAGUGACCCACUACUCGGGCUGCUGUGUAUGUUCACAGGUGCAACACAGGUACAAGAUGGCAUCAUUAGCCCGGUGGCAAGCUCGUGACUCUGAUGUUACGAGUGUGCUUUCAUUGAAGCUCUCUGUUCUCUCCACUUUCAAAAAGUUUAUAGAUUGACUGGAUUUGACAUAUCAAAGCACCAUUUGAAUGAUGGAUGCGUCGUAGUGGGUGGCUCCGAGUUAAUUUUGGCCACCUUAGGCUAAUGUCUUUAAAUGUGCACCUAAAUGGAAAGUACGCAAGUGCUUUCACAUUCUUCCCCUAUCAGAAUGUGGCUGCUGCACCGGGUUAUCCAAGUGGUGACAUCACUCUCAAUGUAGGAGGACGCUACUGAGCCACUGUACCAGAUGUUAUUGCAAAGUAUCAGUUGUCUGUUUAUCUUCUUUCACACGUGUAUAUAAGAAGUCUUUUUAUGUAAGAAGUCGUAAUUGUUUUGGACCGUACUUUAUUUAAUCUUGAAUAUUUCAAACUUCUGGUACUUUUUUUCUUUUAGAUGUUAGACAAACGUGAAGGAAACUUCUGGUAAUUCAAGCAAAAAUGUGUGGUUCCUGGGAUUUUGAAAUAACAUGAGUUGACUCUACCUCAAAAAGGACACCACAUUCAUAAAUAGAGGGGAACCAAGAGUAUAUGGUAAUACUCUUGUCAUGUACACCUGUUAUCAAAAGUAUAUGAACCUGGAGUUAUGCAAAAAAAAAAAGAAGAAGAAAGAACUCCUUGAUUUGUCUGAACUGCCAAGGAAUUCAGGUUUUUUGUUUGUUUUUUCUUUGUCGAAGCUGCGAUUUGCAUACUUUUGAUAAUGGCUGUACAGCCCUAAUGGCCGCUGAGGAGUGUCAUUGUUGAAGUUGCCAUGUCCCUUUGCAUUGAGUAAUUGUCAUAACUAUAUGCAGACAUCAAAUGAUAUCAUGGAGCUGUUUUCUGGGCUAGUGAAUUGUUCUGCUCAUAGUUAUAACGAAUCGGCUCAACAACUUCAGUCAGUGGCCAAUAAAUGUGCUCAUUUUGCACUGGUGCAAAAUCAGGCCAAACAGGCCCAGCGCUGUCUUGGUAGUCUUUCGAUGUCUUGUGGAAAAAGAUUUCUUAUUUAGGAAAAACUACAAAUGAAUGUCAAAGCUAUUUUAUUAUUUUUAUUUUUUUGCACAUAAACCAAAACAGUGAUAACGUAAAUGUGUAAAAUAUCAGAUUUCAUUUAUCUUUUUGGAGAUUCAGGCAGCUACGAAAAAAAAAGGUCAUUUUAUUUUUAAGUGCAGCAUAAUUCUUCGAAGAAUCGCACUUAAUUAGCCUUGACCAGUUGCCUAGAAUUUGUGAAAUGAAAGGGAGCUGAUUUGGGAAUUCAGAGCUAAUGUUACCACACGGCCUUUCACCUGUAGUGUUUUGGCAUACCAAAACUCCACUUUCGGGCAGUGCGACCAUUUUUCUUUUUUUAGAAGCAUGCCAAUCUACAUUUGAGGCAUGGCCUAACAUUUGAUUUUGGCACCCCUUGAAUACAACCUUUGCUUUUUAAAGUUCUCCGACUAUUAUGGCUCACAUUUUAUUCAUAAAUCUAUCUGCAGCCUGCGAAGUGGCAGCUGAAGCUUAAAUUUUGACUCUUUAAUAUGCAGGCACCACAGUUGACUUACAAACUCACCUCAUUAGAGCUAUUGAUAAUGCCUUAUCGGCUUGCAAAUUAAAGUGGCUGAAAAUCGAAGCACUUAUGAACUGUUUAGGCAGCGCUUCAUUUGAAAGUACUUGCAGCAUUGCUGCGCUAACUUUUCUAAGGGUGCUCUAAACUUAGUGCACACGAGUGUUUGCUAGCUAACGUUUGCUUUUAUGUCUGGUGAAUCGUCUUUUACUAGCAAAUUGCCUUAUGGCUCACCAGUUGCGUGUGUAGGUUAGUGAUUAUGCUCUCAGGUUGUACAUACAGGCCAUUCUGAGUGCAAAAUUUGCCUCAUAGGAUCUUAAGAGUGAAUUGCCAUAAGCAUCCUUACCCAAUAGACACCUGUGAGUUUCUAUAAGCAUGCCAUCUUGGAUCUUGCGAUUCUUAAGUAAUAUACUUUUAUGCAAUAACCACUUCAUUUUCUAAGCGUGCAUGAGUGGGCUAAGAAACUCUUACCGCUCGCGGGGUUAUCAACAAGAAAGGCCCAAACCUCAGAGCAGCAACCUUCCUCCGAGAACAUGGUCUCCAAAAAGCUCAAAGCUGCAAAUACGGCUACAAGCAAUGAAUACAAACCUUUGAAUAGCUAUAAAGCCAUUAAACCUCCAAGCAGUCUAGACUGUGGCUCAUACAAAGGCGCCAUCUGGACUGUUUGAUUGGAACUGAAGUAGUAAGAUACCCUGCUAUCUGACAGUGAAUAAGUUAUACAGCAGUGUAGUGCUAUUAACUAUAUUUCCCGGCCAUCUCUGUGUUCUGUGGGAGAUGAGAUGCCGUGAGGCAAGUUUGUGCCAUCCCCCAUCGUCGAUACACUUUGCCCCUCAAUGCACUUUGCCCCUCGAUUGCACUUUGCCCCUCAAUUGCACUUUGCCCCUCAAUUGAACUUUGCCCCUCACUUGAACUUUGCCUCUCAAUGCAAGGGGCACUUUGCCCUUUCUCAUGUACAGGGUCAUCAACACUUAGGGAAAAUGCCUCAUUAAUAUUCAAGUACUAAUAGCAGCUCUGAUUUGGAAUGAAGACCUGUAGGUUUAUCUUUUACUUGCAGAUGUCUGUGUUAGCACCCACAUUUCCUCAUUACAUUGGAUGCUCAUGUUACAUCCAAUGGUUGUUGGAUAUUAAUGUUACAUUAAAUUCAAUACUAAUGGGCUUCCCAGGAGUCGCCAACCUCGGUUGGUCCACCCUACGGACAGCUCAUUACUAUUUAAAUGCUCCUUAACAGCUUGAAUUAGGCAUGGAUGCCGGAAGACGUAACGUUUUAUAAAUAGGCAUCCACUUAAUACAUCGUGCAUGCCAAAUUUCUCACUAUAAAUUUAAAACGCAGAAGAUAUAUCAGACUGAAUGCCCGUGAAGUGUUAUCCCCAACAAUGUGUGAACCAGUACACGGUGAGCCCAUAUGAAAGGGAACACUAGAUUUGCAUUCAAAGCCAGUAACCUUACAAGGAUAAUUCUAUGACAUGAGAACAAUGUAGCAAAUAGUAGUGAGUAACAUUCCGGCUUAACACGUUUGCAGGAAUCGAUGUUUGAACGCAAAUUAAGUGUUCCAUUUCAUAUUGGUACAAAGUGCACAUACCUAGUUGAAAAAAUUGUUUCUUCAAAGCUGAUGUAAUAUAGUAAAAAAAAGACUAAGGCACAGUGAGCAAUAUUAAACACCCUGUCGCCCCCUUGCCCAUCUGCACCCACGACGUCUGUGUAAUGACCGAUCUUCUACAGGGUGCUUUUCGUCAGAGAAUUCUGCAAGUACAUAUGUUUUGCAAGCUUUGUAGGGGUUCUUGUAUGUAGUGUUUGUUACUGCAACAUAUCAAUGUAGGAGCGAAGAAUUGUGAAAUGUCAGUAUCUGCUGCCCAUUCUAGAUAAACUGGUAGACAUAGCACUCUUCGGACAUUGACAGGGCUAUUCACGAGGUCUUCGAUGAGCAACAGCUUCCUGUUUAAAUUAAAAAUUGCCACAAGGUCUACGUUAAUGAGUGAAUGAAUGUUUCAGCAUGCCCUAGAUUCUGCAGUGCUUCAAAGAAGAGUUGCCUUCUGCUUCUGAGAAACACUGUUUGGAAUAUGAAGCCCGAAUGUGUCCAGCACACAAUGCUUGUGCAGUACUUGCAGACAUACCAAAUGGACACAGCGAGCUCACAGUGUCAUCACACGGAAAUGUUGGAAUUCAUGAAGGAAUGGAGACACCAACAUUUUUGUCAUUUGCUAGCUUACAGUAAUGCUUAUCACUAACGUUGGGCACAUCUUACAGCCCACCUAAGGCACUAAUUAAUUUCAGUAACAAAUUUUUCAGUUUCCCUCUUAAUAUGGUUGCUUAGUUUCAAAGGUUUUGGGCUGAGACAUCAAAACAAUAGCAGUGCGAUGCUCCAGCCUAGCUAGACAAACCUUGCCUUACGCUUCUGACAAAUACGUAUAUUGAUGCAAAAUAAGGCAUUCAUUAGCAUCGUAUGGUCACUGACACCCGAGUUAGAGACUGCCUACAGGCCAGAAAUGAGCUUACAGGGUCCACAAAAGUUGUUCAGAAAGUACUUUCUGAAGCUCGAUAUCAAUCUUAGCACAUGCGUACAUUUCACAGCAUUUCACAGAUGUGUUCAUCACUGUAGAGCACAGAGCACCAUAUGGCAAGAUAUUGAUUUUUUUUUUUUGAGACCAUGCAAUCGAUGCCAUGGUAAUCCAGUGCUUUUGUGCAGAUGCCUUGUAGUGUACCAGCACAGGAUGAAAUCAAGAUAAUCAAGUAAAAAAAAAUGCUACCUUCAUCAAAAAUUUCACGAGUGCAUUCAGGAAUUUCACCUUGUGCUCCUAGAUUAAUGAGUAGGAAGAAACUGGGGAAUCGAGGAGCUCGAAUUUUCAGUAGCAGCCAUAUGAAGCCAAGAGACCUGAAGCCAAGGAAAGCAUAGAGGUGAUUAUCUGCAUAACGAUAAUUAACAGAUUUUUAAAUAUAAGUGUAGAAAUUAUUAUAAAUGAGGGUUAAAUUUAUGGUAAGCUUCAUAUUGUUACAUGUGGAGAAACACAUACAAAAGAGGCUAUUUAAUAUAUAUUUGCAAGAGCAGGCGCCAGAGAGCAAGAUGGAAACCAGCUUGUACCAAGAGCCCAGAGGCACCUCUUUGUUUUCCUUGUGGUGGCCAGUCUCCUAAAGGGCCCGUCACCAGGCUUUGCCAUUUUCAACAGACAAGUGCAGUGUUUUACUUCAUGUGCUGACGAUUGUGUCUGCGAAGUAUUACAGCACUGCGCGCUGCAGAAAACAGCUGAAACCUCAAACCAAAUGAUGCGGGCCGUCCCGCUCGAGAAAGCCCCGCUCCCAGCUGGAGAGUCAAGGUCACACACACGCGCGCCACGACGUAAAAUGUUCUGCUAUCUACGUCACUCGCCAUGACAUGUGACUACGGAUAAUCAUCCAUUGCAGAAGGUGCAAUGCUGUCAUUGUGAAUGUGUCGCUCAACAAAGAAAGGAAGUGAAAAAAAAGAGGAGGUGGGGCUUUACUUGGCGAACAUGACACGGUCCCUUGGCUCGGGUAUGGGAGCAGGCAGGCAAGGAACACCGCUUGCAGAUGCUAGUUGAGGCAGAGCAAGACAGUGUCUCCAUUGGCAGCGACACUCGCCUCCUGGUGGCAUGGUAACAGGACAGUUAAUUUAUCCUAUCUCCUCCAAUGAUGAUCUUAUUUGAAAAAGUAUUUCGGUAAAACGCUCCUCAGAGAGCGUUUUAUAACUUCCAGUGUUGAACUAAAAUUUUGCAGUUGGGCCUAGGUGAGGGACCCUUUAAGCAUCAGUUGUAUCGUAACAAUAUUCUUAAUAAAGGAAAAUGAAAGUGGAAGACAAUUUGCUGCCAGCGGGAGCAUAACCCACAACCUCCCCACGAUGCAUGUGGUGCUCACCGAUUGAACUACAGCUGUGUACCCAUUCACUUUCAUGGGCGCUUGUGCAUACGCAGUAGUCCUUGGAGUGUUAGGCAGCACCACUUAGGACCAUAACGGCAUAUAUGAAACAUCCUUUCAAUUGCAGGCAUCGCAUGCUGCGUGAUUUCAGGAGCAGGCAAAUGGCCUAUAGUGAUGACUCUUAAUGCAAACAAAAGUUCAAAUUUUGGUGUCUCUAUUCCCUGUGUGCUCGCACUCUUACUUUUAAGGUGCCAUACUUACACGUUGCUGACAGCUGAUGGAUUUUUCCUGUCUGGUCGCACUACUCGCAUAGCGUUACAUUGUCCGUGCCAUCCUGAAUGACAACAGUACAUUGUUUACAAUACUCUGAACUGGAAGCAAUUUUCUUUGUUGGUGUAUUAUUGCUGUUUCAUACUUUUAUUGUGAUAUCUUUUUUUAUGCUGGUCCUUUGUUAUAUUUUUGAUGCCUUGUACCGUUCUGGUUGAUUUUCAGUCAACUAUGCUCACUAUGAACUUCAGAUUUGCUUGAUGCCUAAGCUUGUCUGGAGUAUUUUGUUGAUUUCAGAGUCAAGAAACAUGAUUGAAAACAGGCUACUACAUGACAAGUGCUUCAGCUCAGUGCCAUGUCGCUUCUUUUUAUUCCUUUGUAUUAAUACUAUCUUGACGUUGCUGGAGCGGUUUUUUCCAGUGACAUUGCAGCUCUAAAGGAACUAUAAUGUUCACUGAAAGUGCAUUGAGCUUUAUACGACUUGGCUGAAAAUUCCCAGAUAAUUUUCUUUAUUUUUUGCUUUCUCUGCAUAAAAGUCCUCUUUACAGCAACUGAAUGUUGAACUUGGAGGACUAAUUUACAAUAUUUUCAGUGGUUUGUAUAGCUGGUGAUUGUUUUUGCAUACUGUUGUCAAAAGUUUCAAGGCAUAAGUUCCUCGAAAAAGCUGAAUUCGCAGCGUUUACACUGGCAGGCAGAAAAAUAUGUACAUUUGUUGGUUGUGCAUAGUAUACUAGCGACUGCAAAUCUGAGUCUGUAUUUGUAUAGCUUCUAUUGUGCAAGAGCGUUUCCUCAUUGACUGACAUUAGAACACCCGCCAUUCACAGUGGUAAUUGCCGUGAUAAUGACAGAGUUGUCAUGGUGAUAGCCAGUUGCCAACAGCACUUGCAUAAGAGAAAUUUUGUGAAUAUGAGCCUUGAAUUCCAGGCUGUACACCCAGCCUGCAGAAGCAUUCAGCUUUUUCGCAGAUCACACUCCUUGUAAACUUUUGAUGCCAGUAAUAUGCAUGUUGCUCAAUUGGCUAAUAUUUUGACUC